AUGUUUUCUACACCAAACACAGCUCCUUGUUCACUUCAAGCCUCCAGAAAUAAUACAAGAAGGAACACUAGACAAAAAAUGACGCUAUCAUGCUUGCUACUAGCGGCGCUAGCGAUUAUGCUACCACUGUCAGCGGAAAAGGCAGCAGCAGCCGCAGGCGAUAGCCUCAAAGCCGCGGCUUGGCAGCCCGUAUGCCAACUAGCAGAAGCUCUUAACAAAGUACCUUCAAAUUCAAAGCUAAGACUAAGGGCAUUAAUAACAACAACACAAGGCCAGCGACUCGCGGCAGCAAAACUCGGCGUUUACGCGCUGCUGGCAGAAGAAGCGCAAGAGUCCAAGGCCGCAGUGGUUUUAGCUGCCUGGUACAGCAGACUCGCCGACUUAAAUGACAAUCUGUUGAAGACCACUUUAGUUGACACCACAAUCGACGCCGUGGCGAGCAGCAUCUACGUAAAAGGUCGAGCCGACGAAGCACUAAACAUUCUAGCGCAAGCGAAAACAACAAGCAACGGAUGCCUUCUGACGGACGACAGUGGGACUCUAGCGGCGCACGGCCCAGCAAAGAUCGGAGAAACACCUUGCUCUCGGAAGCUGGAACCACCAGUACUCGACACCUACGAAAACCUGGAUGAAGUAAUGGACGCAAACGGAUGGAAGAGCAGUCACGCAACAACGGCCAAAGCCGAUCUGGCCGGCAGCGGCGGAGACAAAACGUGCAAAUUGCUAACAGUAGACGGCGCAGGUUUCGGCGCAGCGAAACUGGACGCCGACUUAGAGCUAGGCGGCGGCCUGUGGGUAGUAAACAAAGACGACAAACAGAUAAAAACAGUAGAAAUCAAAAAAGGGUCAAGCACAGCGACGAAAACAGGAAACAUGUACCAGCAUGCGUGGCACAAGCUACAGGCCCUCGACAGCGCAGAGCAAGAAACGAAACCCAACGCAACCGAAGGCGCGGAAGCAACAAGCGAGCUACAAGCAGCAAUAACCAACACGCUGCAUAAUGGACAGGAGGGAGCAGCAGGGCAGCCUGAGACUGCGGUACUAGCUGUAUUCCCAAAACCGACUGGCACGAGCAUAAAUAAUCUCCUACACAGGGCAAACGAAGCGCAGCUGCCGGAGAAGAUUGCCGGAGUCAAUGCAAAAACUAAACUCAGGAGCAUUGUCGAUACACACAAGUUUCAGCAGAUAGAAGGCGCACUGAUACUGCAGCUAAAAAACGAAAACACAAAGCUAAAAACUUCAAAGUCAGAUGAACAAAAAGACGAUGAAAGCACGAAAAACCAAAUCCACUGCAACAGCAUUGCCGAGGUAGAAAAAUGUAAUGCUGAUCCAAAAUGCAGUUACGAAACAAAAACUGAUGGGACAAAAAAGUGCAAAUUUAAUUCGACAAAAGCUAAAGAAAAGGGUAUCCCUGUAACACAAACUCAAACUGGAGGGACAACCGGCGAUGGCGUCAAAUGCUCCGAUCAUAAAGACCAGUCGACCUGUGAGAAGGCCAAUGAAGGUAAGACUACCAAAGUUUGUGGUUGGAGAAGCGGAAAAGAUAACGAGGAUGAAAAGGACAAAGUUAAAUGCCGCGAUUCUAGUUUCCUCCUAAGCAAACAAUUCACCCUCAGCGUGGUUUCUGCUGCAUUUGUGGCUUUGCUUUUUUAA